GUUUUCAGACCUUGGGAGUAAUAGAUCAAGCUCUUCCAGGUUGGAGGUACGACUCCUGGGAUGGGGGUCCUUGAGCGUUUUGGGGACCUAGUGCUGCAGGGUAGUAGGGAUGCUCAGAGGAGUCCAGGGGCUCGCUGGACUCAGGACUCUUGUUAGGAUGAUACUGGCCAAUAGAAUUGAGUAGUCAGGGAUCUGCAGAAAGGCAGGGGAGCACUCUCAAGAGUUCUGUGAAAGAGAGGGUCAACCCGUUUCCUAGAGUGACAGGAUAGCCAUUUGUGUCCUCCCCCAGAGCUGCCCUGUCAGACCAUGGACCCUGAGGUGUCCCUGCUGCUUCUGUGCCCUCCUGGGGGACUGUCCCAGGAGCAGGUAGCAGUGGAGCUGAGCCCAGCUCACGACCGUCGUCCACUGCCUGGAGGAGACAAGACCAUCACUGCCAUCUGGGAGACUCGACUACAGGCUCAACCCUGGAUUUUUGAUGCCCCCAAAUUCCGCCUUCACUCAGCCACACUGGCAUCCAGCUCACCUGGACCACAGCUGCUCCUGCACCUGGGUUUAACUUCCUACCAGGACUUCCUGGGCACCAACUGGUCUAGCUCAGCUUCCUGGCUGCGACAGCAGGGAGCUGCAGAUUGGGGUGACAAGCAGGCCUAUCUGGCAGACCCACUAGGGGUGGGUGCUGCUUUGGUUACAGCUGAUGACUUCCUUGUCUUCCUGCGUCGCUCUCAGCAGGUGGCCGAGGCACCUGGGCUGGUGGAUGUGCCCGGUGGACACCCGGAACCUCAGGCCCUGUGCUCCGGUGGCAGCCCCCAGCACAAGGACCUCCCUGGGGAACUGGUGGUACGUGAACUCUUUUCCAGUGUCCUACAGGAGAUCUGUGAUGAGGUGAACCUGCCACUGCACACCUUGAGCCAGCCACUGUUGUUGGGCAUCGCUUGCAAUGAGACCAGCGCGGGCAGAGCCAGUGCAGAGUUCUAUGUCCAGUGCAGCCUGACUUCAGAGGAAGUCAGGGAUUAUUACCUGAGUGGGGGACCUGAGGCCCAUGAGUCUACAGGAAUCAUCUUUGUGGAGACAGAGAAGGUACCGAGACUGCAGGAGACGGAAAUGUGGGCACAACUCUGCCCCUCGGCCAAAGGUGCCAUUCUCCUCUACAAUCGCCAUCCACCUCUGCAGUCGGGUGCUGGGAAGUCCGGCCUGAGUCAUCCUAGCGUCCCAGCCCUAUCAUUGCCGCUAUGAAGACAAUAAAGGACUUCAUUCUUGGA